AAAAAAAAAAUUGUUUUCUAGUUGUGGUUGGUCCAGGGUUGGUCCAAGAGUGGCGUGUCGGCUGCCUGGGAGUUCUGUUAUAGUGAUUAAAGCAUGGGUGAUUCAGAAUUAGAAGAAAUCAGAAAUCGACGUUUGGCUCAAUUGCAGUCUAAUUAUAAGGGUGGGCAGGACGACAAAGCCGCGGAGGAACGGCAGCAGCAGCAGGAAGACCUCAAGAACGGCAUCCUCAGUCAGGUUCUGACGCAGGCUGCCAGGGCCCGCUUGAACACGCUGAUGAUAGGCAAGCCGGAGAAGGGCAAGAUGGUUGAGAACAUGCUGGUGCAGAUGGCCAGGACGGGGCAGAUCAGGGGCAAGCUGGACGAGCCCCAGCUCAUAGACAUCUUGGAGAAGGUCAGCCAGCAGCUGCAGAGGACCACCACAGUGAAGUUUGAUCGCAGGCGGGCAGCACUUGACUCGGAUGAUGAAUUAUAGCACUUCAGGAGAAAUUGCAGAAACUUUGCUUUGUCAAAUGAGACUGUACGAUGGACUGCACAUAUUAACAUUGUUUGCUUGGAAUCCAGAGUUAAGAAAAUAUUUUUAAGUAUUUUAAACAAUUAAAAAUUUAAUGUGUGCUAUUGUAAACUUAGAUAACAAACACAAUAGAAUAAUUCACCCAUUUGAGAUUGAAACAUCAUCAUUGUUUAUACUAAAAAAUGUGUAAUAUUAAUUAAUCAUGUGAAUAUUGCUUGAGUACAAUUGCUGUACACAUCUAUGAAUCAUUUUUAUAUAUAUAUUUUUUGUAUAUGAUUAAGAUUAUUGCAUUGCUGAACUCUAGUUUUAUCUGCUUAUAUGCUUAUAUUCUUAUUUAUAAAAAUUGGUAAAAUCUGUGUAACAUCAUUACUGUAUUAUUAACUUAUGUUUCAUAAGCAACUGUAAAGCAUUUUAUGCUACUUUUGUUAUUAAAAUAAACCGCUAAUAAAUCAAGUUUAUUCACCCUGUGGGUGUUUUAGCUGGUGAAA